CGCCGCUCGGCCGCCCUUGACCGCAAGCGCACAGCACAACACAGCGCAACACAGCACAGCACAGCAGUUUGGGCGCUCGCAGGCGGCGGGCCGCCCGCACCGGGCAUCGGGACAGGGACUGUAGCCUUUGGGCUCCGCGCCCCGGCGAUGGCUGCUCCCGGGUGGCUGCUGUUGCGUCCUCGCCCCCGUGGCUUUCUGCUGCUUCUGCCCGGCCUCCUGUUGCCUCUCGCCGGCUCCUUCAACCUGGACGUCGAAAACCCCGCCGAGUACGCCGGCCCCGAGGGAAGUUACUUCGGGUUCGCCGUGGACUUCUUUGCGCCCAGCAAGUCCUCCAGGACGUUUCUCCUGGUGGGAGCCCCGAAGGCGAACACAACGCAGCCUGGGAUUGUGGAAGGAGGGCAGGUCCUCAAAUGUGAGUGCUCAUCCAGCCGCCGCUGCCAGCCCAUCGAAUUCGAUUCGACAGGUAAUCGCGAUUUUGCCAAAGACGAUCCCCUGGAGUUCAAGUCCCACCAGUGGUUUGGAGCCUCUGUGAGGUCAAAGCAGGAUAAAAUCCUGGCUUGUGCUCCCUUGUACCACUGGAGGACGGAGAUGAAGCAGGAGCGAGAACCUGUUGGAACUUGCUUUCUUCAGCACGGGACAAAGACUGUUGAGUAUGCUCCGUGCAGGUCAAAAAAUAUUGAUGCUGAUGGACAGGGAUUUUGUCAAGGAGGAUUCAGCAUUGAUUUUACUAAAGCUGACAGAGUACUUCUUGGUGGUCCUGGUAGCUUUUAUUGGCAAGGUCAGCUCAUUUCGGAUCAACUGGCAGAAAUCAUAUCUAAAUAUGACCCCAAUGUCUACAGCAUCAAAUACAAUAAUCAGUUAGCAACGCGGGCUGCACAAGCAAUUUUUGAUGACAGUUAUUUGGGUUACUCCGUGGCUGUCGGAGACUUUAAUGGUGAUGGCAUUGAAGAUUUUGUUUCAGGGGUUCCAAGAGCAGCGAGGACUUUGGGAAUGGUUUAUAUUUAUGAUGGGAAAAACAUGUCCUCUUUACACAACUUUACUGGCGAACAGAUGGCUGCGUAUUUUGGAUUUUCUGUUGCUGCCACUGACAUUAAUGGAGAUGAUUAUGCAGAUGUGUUUAUCGGAGCGCCUCUGUUCAUGGACCGCGGCUCUGAUGGGAAACUCCAAGAGGUGGGCCAGGUCACAGUGUCUCUGCAGAGGGCAUCGGGAGACUUCCAAACCACGAAGCUGAAUGGGUUUGAGGUUUUUGCCAGAUUUGGUAGUGCCAUAGCUCCUCUGGGAGACCUGGACCAGGAUGGUUUCAAUGAUAUUGCAAUUGCUGCUCCGUAUGGAGGUGAAGAUAAAAAGGGACUUGUUUAUAUCUUUAAUGGAAGAUCAACAGGCUUGAAUUCGGUGCCGUCUCAAAUCCUCGAGGGCCAGUGGGCUGCUCAGGGUAUGCCCCCAAGCUUUGGCUAUUCCAUGAAAGGAGCCACAGAUGUGGACGAAAAUGGAUACCCAGACUUAGUUGUAGGAGCUUUUGGUGUGGAUCGAGCUAUCUUAUACAGAGCCAGGCCCGUUGUCACCGUAAAUGCCGGCCUUGAAGUGUACCCUAGCAUUUUAAAUCAAGAAAAUAAAAUCUGCCCAUUGCCUGGGACAACUCUCAAAGUUUCCUGUUUUAAUGUCAGGUUCUGCUUAAAGGCGGACGGCAAAGGAACUCUUCCGAAGAGGCUCAACUUCCAGGUGGAGCUUCUUUUGGAUAAACUCAAGCAAAAGGGAGCAAUCCGACGAGCACUGUUUCUCCAUAACAGGUCCCCAGGGCACUCCAAGAACAUGACCGUGUUCAAGGGGGGACAGAUGCAAUGCGAGGAGCUGGUGGCCUACCUGUGGGAUGAAUCUGAAUUUAGAGACAAACUCACUCCCAUCACUAUUUUUAUGGAGUAUCGGUUGGACCAGAGGACAGCUGCCGACAAUACAGGCUUGCAACCCAUUCUGAACCAGUUCACUCCUGCCAAUGUCAGUCGGCAGGCUCAUAUUCUACUUGACUGUGGGGAAGACAAUGUCUGUAAGCCUAAACUGGAAGUUUCUGUAGACAGUGAUCAGAAGAAGCUCUACAUCGGGGACGACAACCCUCUGACCCUGACCGUGAAGGCGCAGAACCAGGGGGAGGGCGCCUACGAAGCGGAGCUCAUCGUCUCUAUCCCGCCGCAGGCUGAUUUCAUCGGGGUUGUCAGGAACAAUGAAGCCCUAGCAAGACUCUCCUGUGCAUUUAAGACAGAAAACCAAACCCGGCAGGUGGUGUGUGAUCUUGGCAACCCGAUGAAGGCUGGAACUCAACUGUUUGCUGGCCUCCGUUUUAGCGUGCACCAGCAAUCAGAAAUGGAUACCUCUGUGAAAUUUGACCUGAAAAUCCAAAGCUCUAAUUCUUUUGACAAUGUAAGCCCUGUUGUGUCUUAUAAAGUUGACCUUGCCGUUUUGGCUGCUGUUGAGAUAAGAGGAGUCUCAAGUCCUGAUCAUAUCUUUCUCCCAAUUCCAAACUGGGAGUACAAGGAAAACCCUGAGACAGAAGAGGACGUUGGGCCUGUUGUUCAGCACAUCUACGAGCUAAGAAACAAUGGUCCAAGUUCGUUCAGCAAGGCAAUCCUAAAUCUCCAGUGGCCUUACAAAUACAACAACAACACUUUGCUGUAUAUCCUUCAUUAUGACAUUGACGGGCCAAUGAACUGUACCUCGGACACAGAGAUCAACCCUUUGAGAAUUAAGACACCCGAAAAGAAUGACACAACCACCGGACAAGGAGAACGGAAUCAUCUCAUCACCAAACGGGAUCUCGCCCUCCAGGAGGGAGAUGUUCACACUUUGGGCUGUGGAGUCGCUAAGUGCUUGCAGAUCAUCUGCCAGGUCGGGCGGCUGGAUCGAGGGAAGAGUGCAAUCCUGUAUAUCAAAUCCCUGCUGUGGACCGAGACAUUUAUGAAUAAGGAGAACCAGAACCACUCUUACUCCCUGAAGUCAUCCGCGUCAUUUAAUAUCAUAGAGUUUCCAUACAAGAAUCUUCCGAUUGAGGAUCUCUUCAACUCCACACUCGUCACCACUAACAUCACCUGGGGCAUUCAGCCGGCGCCCAUGCCUGUGCCCGUGUGGGUGAUCAUCUUGGCGGUUCUUGCCGGGCUCUUGCUACUGGCUGUUCUGGUUUUUGUAAUGUACAGGAUGGGCUUUUUUAAACGCGUCCGACCGCCUCAAGAAGAGCAAGAGAGAGAACAGCUCCAACCUCACGAGAACGGCGAAGGAAACUCCGAAACCUAAUUGUGGUUCCCAAGCAGCGCCGCUUCUGGAUCCACGGAAUUUUUCCCUUUGGUGAUAGAUUUAAAUAUCUUUCAUGAAGAACAAAAUCCCCAGAUGGUAUGGCUGAGGGUACCCAGUAGCCUCAGCUUACCCACAAAACUGAAAUGACUGUUUGCCAGCUUCUCUUGAUAAAUAGGCUCAGAUUACGUGGGCUUCACACACACUGACGUGCGCUUUUAGCGAUAAUCCUUGUUCAGCGUACGUACGACAGCACCUGAGUUACCACAUCACAUAACAUGGUACCUCUUCGGUUACUGUUUCUAAUUUACUAUGUGAGGUUUCUCUCUUCUUCGAUGUUACGUUAAGGCAGUUAGGAUCUUUAAGCAAUUCAAGUUUAGACCUUAGCACCAAUAACUUUGUACAGGUACUUAGAACUUUAGUACACAUUACACUACACUAUUUCGUAAGCUACUGAAGACUCAGCGAUUGCAUGGACUUAGAUUUCAGUAUCAUUUGCAUAGUAGGACUUUUUUUUUUUUUUUUAAAUCUGAUACCAUCAAAAUUCUUUCCUGGGCGCUAGGCCACUUCAAAACAUGUGCUCCGUAUGUACACGUCCCUGGGUUUAAUCCUCAGCACUGGGGAGAAACAACAGUUUCCUGUGUUAACAAUGGUACAGUAUUUUUGUAUGAAAUUUAGGUUUUUAUUUAUAUCUAGUCUGCAUUGUAUUUUAUUGUAUUUUAACUUUUGUAAUUUAAAUUCUAUAUCAAAUCCUUUAAGCCAUUUCACGCUGAAAAUUCUAUAAUUAAAAAUGCCCAUUAAGCAAUAGCUUGAUCUCAACUAAAUAAUGAUGGUGAUUGAAGCCCUGGGAGCAGGAAGUUGUUUCUGAGGUACGUCCGUUUCAUUGUCUGGCUGUUUGCAGUGUAUAAAAUGCCGAAAGGCUCUCUCUGUGAGUCUCUGCUGUAACUGCUCAUCAAAAUUGCAUUCUUUAAUUAGACUGGAGCUUCUAAUUGGUGUUAAUUUAUUUUGCUCAUAUUCAUAUUUUCCUUCUAUUUCCAAAACCGAGAACGGGUCAGGACUGUCUUUAUAACCUGUAGGAACCUGGAUCUCUCAUCCUGACCCCCAAGAGAAACGCUUGGAAUCCACAUUCCAACGGCAGCGAGCAUGGUUGCUUCUAGCGUGGGCAUUUCCUCAGGUUAAGCAAGGCGAUGCAUCCACCUGCCUCAGCUUUCAGAAGAAAUGCUAAAAAGGUGUUUUUACUGCAGCUCUUGUUACUGAAAACCUUCUAAAGCUUUCUUACAUUUGUUAAUGUAAGUUUUCUGGGGCUUUAAUAAGGGCAGCAGCAUUAGCAAGGUCUUCAUUGUCCCUGAUUUAUUCAUAGUUCCUCAAGGCCAUGGGAUGACUAUCGAUUAUAGCUAUUUUUGUGCAAUUACAUCAGCUGUGCACUGGAAGUUGAGAAUUUUAACAGCUUUUUAAACUGCUGUCCUCAUUAGGCAAGGAACAAUAUUUCUCUUAAAUAAUUGAAUAUUUUUCUACAUUUUGAAAAUAAUGAAAUUUGUCUCACCAUAUUUUAGGUUAAUUCCAUGUGCAUAUGGCUGAGCUAAUAUGGAGAAUUUAUUUUCAUAACAUGAGGCACAUUUAGGUGGCUUGUACAAGUUAGAUAUAGACAGAACCCUAUAUUUAGCUUGAACUUUUAAAGUAAUAGCUUCUGGGGUAUAUAAUUCAUUAAUGGCUUGAAAGAUCAUAAUCAUAUACACAAGCUUUUUAGCCAAUAAAUUUAAAUUCUUUUCAGAAAUAUUUUUAUCAUGAAGCCAAGUGUUGACCACCACCACACAGCCACUAAGUUGACUGUAAAAACUUUUGCUCUGUCUUCCUUCAUAAUAGCUGCCAUUCCUGAAAAUCAAUGAAAUUCAUUCUUUGGCAAUAGAACCAAUAUUGAUUUUUACAGUUAUUCCUAUUAUGGCUUCUUUGCCAAGGAGUAACUUUCUGUUCAGGACUGAAAGAAGUUGUAACUGGAAAUUAACAUGAUGUGUAGUUUUCUACAAGAGUAUGGAUUUCCUUUUAAAAUGUGUAAAUUUGUAUCUCUGUAAGGUUAGAAACUGUAAUUUCAAAGUCAACUCUGAAAAAAAAUGUUGAUCCUUUUUGUUCUAUAGCAGCAUAUGAAUAUAAUCGACAGAAUAUCAAAGGAUUAUUUUAGAUUCAUAUUUGUAGCUUAUUGAGAAUUAAAACUGAUUUCCAAGUAUAAAAUUUUCAUAAUCUAGUUCAGUUGAUGCAGAGGACAUGUCUGGACAGCGAUGCUGGUUUCUCACAGAGAUAAUUAUUCUGGAGUUGAUGCUGCAUGACAUCUAUGUCAGGGUCGCUUCCCCUUACGUUUAAUCAUCGUGAUUCUGAUUGUGUCUCAAUGACUAUAAAAGGCGAAACAGCCAAAACAUUAUUGUCUUAAUUCUACCUGAAUUGUGAAAUUACUAACUAGUUAAUCCUCAUGAAUGCAACAUUAUUUACAUACUGAGGAGACUGACCAAUAGCAGACAAGAGCUUGCUGUUCCUUUGAGACAGCAGUGAGGGUUUUGAUAGUGAGCCUAACCCCAAGGAGGGACUUCUGAGGCAGAGUAUAGAUAGCACAGUUGGUUCUCAUAGGGCGAUGGAGGGCUGAGGUGGCGUCCGUCCCCACUGGCAGAGUUGUGCAGACCCUCACAGAGGAGACUGAGUUGUUUUAGAGUAGUUGUGUGGCCAUUGCCUCUCUGUCACCUUGCUUUACUCAUGGGUGGCUUUUACAUUUCAUUUGAUGAGGAAGGGGAAAAGGCGAACAAAGUUGUAUUGGGGAUCCAAAAGGGCAAAUAAAAUUGCUUAAAGUCUAGUGGUUUCUAAAAGGUUUCUUUGAACUGGUUGGUCCUUCAUCUGAACCGUGAACCGUGGCUGUGCCAUCUGCAGUCUACACUGGCAUUUGUUGUAACUCCUUUUAACUCCUGAGGUGUCAUGCUUUCUGUGAGGGUACUGGACCUCCCAUUAAUUCUGUUGUUGUUCUCAAGUGCAAUAUAACAAUGUAACGAAACAUAUAAGUCAUUGUUAAUUUAGUAAGCCUAAUCUGAAUAGAGAUUUAUUAGUAUUUUUUGUUUGUUUUGGUUAGCAGAAAAGAGCAAUUCUGCUGUAGUUGUAGGUACACAGGUGAAGUUUUUCUUUCUUUUUUUUUUUACUUCUAAACUGAAUUCUGCAUUUCAUUUUAGGUGGAAAAUGAGCUAUUGCCUUUCUGCUUUAAAACCCUUUCAGCAUCUUGAGGUAACUCGGAAGCUGCGUGUAUCAAUUGACUUUGCUCUUUAAGUAACGUGGAAGGUGAUUCUCUUGGGCUUCUCUCGUGGUCACCCACAUUGGGUGAGACAUAAAAAUGAAUCUGUUCUGAAAUCUGUCAUUUGCUGACUUGGUUUGAGUUAGUAAAAGCAGGUACCAUGUUCUGCUCUCCUUCCCACGUGUAAACUUGUGACUGUACAAUAAACUUGAACGUACGGUGCCGGC